AUGCCACUGCCUCCAGGCCUUGCCCGUGCCAUUACAGACUCCACCAGCCCCGCUGAGGCUUACCCGCCGGCUGAGGUUUUGAGAAAGUUAGAGGUGUACCUCGCAGACCCUCGAAGCACGGACGCGGUGUACGAAGGACUUGUGAACCGGGCAUGCGCGCAACCACUCAACGCACCGCUAGUGGAGAAGGUGGUGGCCCUGCUCAAGGCGUACCUGCUGAAGUACAAGCCGUCCCAGGAUGUCACGCACGGGCUUGCCGAGUUCGCCGCCAGGGUGGGCGAACUGCCGAGGCUGUCUUCGGCAGGGCGCAAGGGGGUGGCAUACGUGCGGUCGUGCCUGCGGGAGCUCAGCGCGGCCGGUGGCCGCACAUUCUGGGGCAGCAGCGUUAGCAGCUCUUUGGGCACUGCAGGCGUUGCAGGCGGGCGGCCUCGGGAGGACUUGCCGCGGCUGGCGACGAAUGGCCUCACGCAGGCUCCACCCAUUAGCCUGGCCACCAUUCACCGUUGUGUGCUUGAUCUGGAGGAACCGGACAUCGGCCGACACAUCGCGGAGUUGCUCGGGGAAGCGCGAGUCGAGAACGCAGCCCACUGCCAGAAGCGUUUGAUGGGGCCCGGGCGCAGCAACUGCAGCCGGCGGCGCCACGGCCGCGACCCCGCGGCCGCGGAGCCGCGCACGGCGGCGGCGCCGCUGCUUAUGGGUGAAGCCGACGUGGCAGUAGUGGUGGAGGCGGUGUGUGGCGUGCGGGCAGCCAGCGCGAUGGCGGCGGUGAUGGGGCCUCUCGCGGUGCGCGAGGCGAAGGCAGCGGAGGAGGCGAAAGCGGCGGCGGCGGCCGCGGCGGCGGCGGCGGCGGGGCAGCCGGAGGGCAUGUGGCAGGCAGCGUUUGAGGAAGACGAGGAGUUCGGCCAGAUCUGCGGCGGCAUUCUGAUGAAGCUGCUGGUCGACAUGUGGCUGCGGUCCGAGCCGCAGGAGUUUUUCAUCGUCGUUCUGCGCAUGCUGUGCCGUGCGCUGCGCAGCACGCAGCCCUCCACCCGCGCGCGCGCCUUUGACGUGCUGUACAACUUGUACAUCCACGGGGCCAUGCUGCGCACCGAGGCAGAGGAGUCAGCGCUGGCUGUUGCGUCGGUGGAGGCGGCCAACGGCCCGAGCGGCCGCUUGCAAAUGCCCUGGCAGGUAUGUGCAUCGGUCCCGGGAGGGGCUCCACUGACACCAGCUCCUUCCGCUGCAGAUCCCUUGCUGACGCCCACCGCUGCUUCUGGUGGCAGCGCUGCCAAGUCGGUUCACCAUCGCGUCUCAUCGCAUAGCCUUGCCCUUCAUAGCAGCACCCUGCUGGACUCCGUCGGGGAGCUUUCCGGUAUGGCUUCGGCGCCAGUGGGCUCGCGCACCGCGUCAAAUGUCUUUGACGAUGGGCCAGCGAAGCCGCCGCAUCACGUGCGGAAAGACACGGGGGAGGUGGUGCGGCUGCCGCCGCCGCCGCCGUCCCCGGCGAUGUCGCCGGGCCGGCAGACGGCGCCGGCAGCGGCAGCGGCGCCUGGUAGCGCGGCGGCCGGCGUCCCGACUGCCGCCAGCGGAGAGUCGGCUACCACGACGGGCGGCGCGGCGAUAGGGUACGAUCGGUGGCUGCGGGCGCUGCUUUUCCGACUUCUGUUUGAGUUGCGACAGAUGGAGGAGACCUCGGGCGAGGUUUGGCGUGCAGCCAUGGGCUGCCUGGCGCAGAUGUGCAGCCAUGGCGGCUACUGGGUCACCGCCUGGGUGCAGCACCUUCCGCCGUCGGCACUGUCCUGCCUGCUGCGUGUCGCCUGCAACUUCAACUGGUCACUGGAGCUGUACGCGCAGCUGCUCAAGUUGGUGCCAUGUGUGCUGGCAAGGCCCGUGGACACGACGGCGCCUCCCGCGGCCGCGGCGGCGGUGCCGCCGCCUCCGGCGGCGGGCCCCGCCGGGGCUGGAGUGAAGAAGCCGCUGAACAGCGCCUUCGCGGCCCCGACCGCACUCAAGUCCGCGGUGGCAGCCGCCGCCGCCGAUGACGCCGCGAUGACGGUGGCGACGCAGCGCGCUGCAGAGGCUGCGGAGGUACGGCGCCGCCUUGGCGAGUUUGGCGGAAUGCAGGAGCUACUGUUCCACUUUGUCCGGGCGCCCACGCCCGACUCGCGCGCGUCGCUGAUGGUUGCACUGGUGCAGUGCUGCGCCGAGGGACCCGGCAGCAGCGGCGGCGGCGGCGGCGGCGGCUGCUCCGCGGGAUCGUCCACGCCUGUGAGCUGCAGCGGCGAGCUGCACGCGCGGGAGCUGCAUGGCGCACGCAGCCCUCGCACCAGCAGCAGCCCAGGCAGCCGGGCGCCGGACAGCGGCGGCGGCGGCAGCGGCAGCGGCCCGGCGGGAGUGUUAUCAGCUUUCCAGGGCCUGCAUCUCGACAGCGUUUGCCUAGCGCUGCGGGCGGCCUUGGAGCGGCCUUGGCAGGGCAUGUCCAGCCGCCUGGCCGACAUCUUGGCCAGCGGAAACAUGGAGCUGGGGGUCGCCGCCAUCAAUCCGCUGUCGCCCACCGCCUCCGUCUCCACAUCCGCCGAGUACCCGCUGUCCGCUGUGCACACACUGCCCGCGGGCGUGGCCUCCCCCAUCGCCGUGCGGGCCCUGCUGCGGCCGUUGUUGGAGAACCUGGAGGCGUGCUGCGUGGAGAGCAUGACCUUACCGCCGGUCGGGGAGCUCCGUAUGCACAUAGACGUCAGCGUGGCGCACAUUGCCGGCAGCGCCAGCGUCGUCGACGCCGCUGCUCUACCGCCAGUGACGGCGGCGUCGGUGGCAGCGGCGUGGCGGCGCUUCAAGGACGUGUGCACAGCUGACAGCUCCCGGGAGGUGGCCAUCCAAUGGCUACACAAGCUUCUGUCCGCGGCUUGCCGCGCCUGCCAAGGUCAGAUUUUGAUGCUCUCCCCGCUUACCCUCAAGACGUCGCCAGAGGCAAGCAAGAUCGCGGCAGCCACAGCGCCCAGCUUGGGCCCGCGUACGUUUUGGAAUACCGCACUCGCCGAUGCGCUGCUGCACGUCGUGCGGGAGGCGCCUAAGGGCUGUGAGCUGCUGAUGACGGCCGUCACCCGCACGGUCGCGGACCUCAAGGCUAUCGCUACGUCUGGGGGCGGCGGUGCCGCAGACGCGGCAGCAGGGUCGCUUUCGCCGCGUUUGGCGGCGGUGGGCGCUGCAGCGGCGACACCGCACGGUCCAGUGGCGGCGGCGGCGGCGGCGGCGGCAGCGGCGGCGGCGGCGGCGGCGGCGGGGGUCAGCGGCGAGGAGGCUGCCCUGGUUGCUUGCCGUCGCGUCAUGUGGUUGUACUACGUGGGGUUGCAGUGGAUGCUGCAAUGCAGCAGUACCGAGGCCCGGAUGCCGACCGUUGUGGGUCUGGCGGACGUGGUCCUGGCGGCGCUGCUUCAACCCGACCCAGCCGCCGUUGCGCUGCAGGCGGCCGCUGCUGCAGCAGCUGGUCCGCUUGCGGGCGAUAAGCCGGCAAGCGGUGGCGGCGCACGCGGCGCAAGCCGCGGCGCCGCAGCUGGCAGUGGCCAGCCGCCGGCGCAACAUCAGCAGUCGCAGUCGCAGUCGCAGCUGUCCUCGGGCCUGCUGCCCCAGGAGCCUGGUGGCGGCAUGCUCAUCUCCCAGAAAUUCUUAGCAGGUUUGCUGGCGAUGGAUCCCGACGCGCUGGCCUGCACGCCGCCAGAGCUGCUGGUCACACUGCUGCAGCAGUGCUCCCAAAGCUUGCACGGCUCCGCGACGUCUACCGCGGUGGCGCGCGGCGGCGGCAGCGGUGCUUCGGGCGCGGCAGCGCCGAAAACGACGGAAAGGCAAGGCGAACAUGCGGGUGACGAAGCCUCUGGGCAGCAGCGUCCCGGCGGCGAGGCGGGUUUCCGCAGCAUGCACCGCGGAUUCCUGGGCCGCCCCUGCAUGGUGAUCGACUUAGCUGCGGUGACGGCGGUCGCAGCGGCGGGCUCUGGAGAUGGCGGCAGCGGCGGCGGCUCCGGGACCGCAUCUUUGCGUGCCAGCGGCGGUGGUGCCGGCGGCGGUGGCGGCGGCGGUGGCUGGGAGGGUACGCUGUAUGGCGCGGCCGUGGGCCCGUGGCAGGACGACUGGCAGGACAGGAGGCUGGCGCUGCUGCUGCUGCUCAUUGCGCGGUGUUCGAUGGAUCCGGAGGCGUUUGCCAAGUAUUCUCUGUCCCAUGUCGUCAAGGCGCAGCUCGGAUGCGAUGACUUGAGGUGUCGGUAUUACGCAGGUGUCUACCUGCUGAAACACUGGAUGCUCAAUCAACAUGACAAGUUCUGGCGCACGCUGCGGCACAUCAUCGGCACGGCGCAGCAGCUCAACGACGAGCGCUUGCUGGACAACCCCUACCUGCAAAUGCGCACCAUGCUCAACGUGGAUCACGUCUACCGGCCAGACUACGACCGGGAUGCUGUUUUUAGAGUACUGCGGGAAAUGUUCGCGAGGUACAACCAGCGCGGGCUUCCGGCAGCAGGGGAUAUUGGUAGUAAGGGAGCGGGGUACUGCCUCUGGGUGGUCGACUAG